GGGGUCCUUUUUGGUGUAAAUCUGGACUCUAAUUCUGUAAUAUAUCAAGGAAUCUCGUAAAACCGACACUAUAACGUCCCUGCCUACAAAUCAUCAGGCCAAAUUAUGAGUUCAUUGUAUUAUGCGAAUGCUUUAUUUUCUAAAUAUCCAGCUGCAAGUUCGGUUUUCGCGACCGGAGCCUUCCCCGAACAAACUUCUUGUGCGUUUGCCUCCAACCCCCAGCGCCCGGGCUAUGGAGCGGCUGCGGGCGCCCCGUUCGCUGCCUCGCUGCAGGGCUUGUACCCCGGCGGGGGGGGCAUGGCGGCCCAGAGCGCAGCCGGCGUCUACACGGCCGGCUACGGGCUCGAGCCAAGUUCCUUCAACAUGCACUGCGCGCCCUUUGAGCAGAGCCUCUCCGGGGUGUGUCCCGGCGACCCAGCCAAGGCGGCGGGCGCCAAGGAGCAGAGGGACUCGGACUUGGCGGCCGAGAGUAACUUCCGGAUCUACCCCUGGAUGCGGAGCUCAGGGACUGAUCGCAAGCGAGGUCGCCAGACCUACACCCGCUACCAAACACUUGAGCUGGAGAAGGAAUUUCACUACAACCGCUACCUGACUCGGCGGAGGCGCAUUGAGAUCGCGCACGCCCUGUGCCUGACCGAGCGCCAGAUCAAGAUUUGGUUCCAGAACCGCCGCAUGAAGUGGAAAAAGGAGAACAAGACUAUGGGUCCAGGAGCCCCCAGCCAGGACAAGGCUGAGGCUGAGGAGGAUGAGGAAGAGUGAGAGACUGUGACAGAGCAGAGGAAGAGAGAGAGAGAGAUGAGAAAAGAAAGAGAGAAACCUAGCUCUAGGAACUGAAUGAGGAAACCAAGUGGGGGGGGGAGGAGGCUAUUUAAGUGAAAAGCAGUUUUUAAAAAAUCCUUUUUAAGGAGAGGUGAAUUUUUUGGUUUCUUAACACUGAGUAAAUACUACCUAUAGGAAACUCCAUUGGAUUUGUUGUGUCCAAUAUGGGGGUAUUAUAUACCUGUUUUGUAGCUUCCAGAAUUUGCCUCCUUUUUUCUUUUCUUUUUUUCCAUUUAAUUCAAUAUGACAGAGAAACACUGAGAGGGGAGGGAGGGAGGGAGGGAGAGAGAGAGAGCUAGACACCCGCAGACUUGCUUCACUGCUUGUGAAGCACACCUCCUUGCAGGUGGGGAGCAGGGGCUCAAAUCUAGUCCUUGUGCUUAGUGCUUAAUACUACCUGCACCUAACCUGGGUGCACCACCACCCACCCCUCCUUUUUUAUGUCAGUGUAAAGUCUUUGUAAAAUCUUGCUGUUUUGUAAGCCGUCUUUGAUGCUGUCUUUGUGGCCUGUGAGUCUGGACUAAUGUGUGUGGUUCCCCCACCCUCCUGAGCUCUCACUUCCCAGUAGUGGCAUUGAAGGGGCCUUUUGGGGCCCCCAGGACCCUUUGAUUAGCUUGAGUGUCCGCUCUGUGCACCUGGCCUGCCUGAUGCUCUUAGGUCCUACUAACCCUGUUGUGAUCUCCUUUUCAUUCUAUGUGCAUCUGAAGAAUGAAGA